UGGUCAACGCUUCAUUCCGGCCAUUCUGAGAUCCGGUCGUUCUGGUGCAUGGACUGGAGGGUUCAAUAAGAAACCAGUUUUUCAUAUGUUUUAAUGGUUUGAAGAACACAACCUGAAACAUAAUUGAAUCAGAAUAAAAAAAUUAAAAUCAUGGCAAAUGCCACGAUAAUCGAGGAAUUUGACGAAGUGCCUGCAAAAUUAAAGUUACCAGAUCUUUUCAAAUUCGUGGAUCAAGAAAAAUGCAAUAUAUUCAAACUUUUGAAAGCAGUUGUGGCAAUUCCUUCCAUGUCGCACGAUCCUAAACACUUCUCAGAGAUAGUUAAAAUGAUAAAUUUUUGUAAGGAAGAACUCAAAUCUCUCGGAGCAAAGGUCGAUUUGAUUGAGUUUGAGAAAGAUAGCCAGAUGCCUCCAGUUUUAUUUGCGAGUUUAAUUUCUAAAGAAGACCAUAAGACGAUUUGUGUUUAUGGAUCUAUUGAUACACCCCCUAUAGAAAAUUCUAAGAUAGAUACGAAUCUGUUUCAACUAACUGAGAAGAACGAGAGAUUAUACGGUUCUGGUGUUUCAGAAAAUAAAGGACCUUUGUCCUGUUGGCUUAAUGCUUUAAGAAUUUAUAAAAUGGCUAAAAUUGAGAUUCCUCUUAAUAUUAAAUUUGUAAUUGAAGGAACUGCGGAAUCUCACAGUUCAAGUUUGGAUCGAGCAGUUCAAAUAAAACCAGAAUUUUUCACCGACGUUGAAUACGUUUGUUUAACUAUUGAUAAAAGAUUAAAUAACUCGCCCUGUUUAAAAUACGGAUUUCGGGGCACGUGUCACUUUUCUUUAGACAUAAAUUGCGGUGAGAAAAAUGUUGACAGUGGAAGUUAUGGAGGUGCUUUUCAACAAUCUCUUUUGGAUGCAGUGAAUGUUGUUGAAUCAUUCCUUGAUAAGGAUGAGAAAAUCAUUAUUCCAAAGUUAAUGAAUGACUUAGCAUCCCUGCUUCCGAAGGAAAAGAUUUUUUGCAACGAAAUUCCUUUUGACGUUAAAAAGUUGAAGGAAGAAAUUGGAACGCAACGUUUAAAGCACAAGGAAAAAAACUCUCGUUUGGUUAUGCAUAAAACGCGCCUCCCAAGUAUUUCUGUUCACAAUUUUGAUAUGAAACUUGAUUGUCUCGAGAAACCGAAUUUAGCUCGUGUACCCAAUAGAGUGAUCGCUAAAUUUUCCAUUCGGCUGGUUCCAAACCAAACGGCUCAGAAAACGUAUCGAAUUCUUGAUAAUCAUAUUAACAACAUUUGGAAAGCAUAUGGAAAAGUAAAUUCCUAUAGUCUUAAUAUGGACUUUGGAUACGAUCCUUGGCGACAAGAUCCUUCUGGUCCUCAUUACAAAGCUGCUGCUAAUGCUAUUGAGACGGUAUAUGGAACUAAACCAAUUUAUGUUUGCGAAGGCUACACGUUGCCUGCGGUUGUGGUAAUGACUAAAGCAUGCUUUGAUAGUGAUUUACUAGUUUUGCCAAUUAGUGGUCCAUCUGAUCAACUUCAUUCGAAUGCAGAAUCAAUUUCGUUUGCUGAUUACAUCAACGGAGUGAAAUUGGUUAUCGCCUAUAUGUGUGAAAUACACGAUAUACAAUAAUGUGUCCUGUAGAUAGUUUUCACAUACCAUUGCAGAAUAAACAGGGGAAGUAGUGAAAAGGUCAUACGAAGACAAUA